UUCUCGGACGAUGAGUCGUUCCAAUCGGCAAAACGACCGAGUUUGUCGGAUUUUGAGUACGGCGCGUAGGGGAUGUCCUUGAAUUUGAACUGUUCGGGGAAGUUAGAGGUCGAAGGGCCCCAGCCGCUAUCUGGAUUAUCGUUGAUCGGGGGAAGUGUGAAGGAUGCCAUGGUCGAUGGCUGCGACAAGAGGAAAAAAGUGCGCUCCCUCACGUGAUCAACGCCUCUCUUGGUCGCGCUACGAUGAACGUCGUAAAAGAAAUCCACAGAAUUAAUGAUGCCGAACUCUCGUAUGCUUCUGGUGGCGGCUCUUGGCACGACGACUACAAGGACUCUGCGUACAUCUUUGCUGGCGGACUGCCCUUCGAUCUCACAGAGGGAGACGUCAUAACGAUCUUCUCGCAAUACGGUGAAAUUAUGGACAUCAAUAUGCCGCGGGACAAGGACACGGGGAAGCCGCGCGGGUUCGCGUUUCUCAUGUACGAAGACCAGCGCUCAACUGUGCUGGCGGUCGACAAUCUGAACGGCGCCAAGGUUCUCGAGAAGACGCUCCGUGUCGACCACGUGAAGAACUACAAACAAGGCAAGGUGAAGAACGAGGACGGGGAGAUGGUGGAACCGGAGGAGCAGAGUCUGAAUGCGAAACCCGAGAUGAUCAUGGACGAUGACGAUGGCGCCGAAUCCGACUCAUCUGCAUCCACGGGCGCUGACAUCGAUCCAGAAGACCCAAUGCGGGAGUACCUUAUAGCACAACGGCGAGAAGAGAAGGCGCUCCAAAAGACGAAAAAGUCCAAGACCAAGUCGAAAUCAAAAGGCAAACACAAGGACGAGACCCCGGAAGAAAGACGCGCCCGGAAAGCGCGCAGGGCCGAAAAGAAAGCGCGGAAAGAGUCCAAGACCAAGAAGUCAGCGGGUGUGCGAGGGAUCGAGGACCUCUUGAGCUCGCUUGGGAGCGGACGCCGACCGCCGGCGCGUGAACGGCCGUCCAGAUCGCGCUCUCACAGUCCACGACACAGAGACGCCUCGCCCGAUUCGCGGUAUCGGCGACGUUCGCCAGAGCCUGACUAUCGGCGAGGAGGAGACAGAGAUCGCUUACCGGUGGGUCGGCGGGGUUGAAGCGGACUUGUGUUGUCUUCUAUGUUCCUAGCCCGAAACAGCUUUCACUUUGAAACAGGUGCCUGAGGCUUUACAAUUGAGGAGAACAUCAAGAAGCGCGCUCGUAUAAGUUCCGUCGAGAGCAAGAGAAUCGGAGACCUAAGAACAGCUCAUUCGAAACAUUUGGUCGAAUCCGGGCAUGGGAGUCUAUCACAGGGCCACUGACAGCCUCCGCAGUCGUCAUUGGCAGUGUGAAUGUUAGAUACAUAUGAGGAGUAAGCAUAUAUCCUAUGGGAUGCUUGUGCAGAGUGAGUCUGGAAUUGCACGAGGGCCAACGAGUCAUCUUCAGAGUGCCGAUACAGCUAUUCCAUCAGCGAGCGACAACUCCGCCGAGCCAUCGAUACAUAUGUAGAAGGCGUCAGACGAGUCCCACAGCAUGCAAGUAUGGUAUCCAUUCGACUCGUCGACAGAGCAGCGUGCACUUCAGUUCAAACCAAUCUCACAAAUGACUUUGAAACAAUCUAGAGACGCCACUGGGCACUCUUCGAGCUGCAAAGUCUAUCAACCCCUUUGAGAGUUUUGGACCGCAUGACUGUCGAGAAGAAGCGCCAUGCCGCGCUGAAGGCCGAGGAAAGCUCAGGUCAAGAGGCUGAUGGGAUGUCGAAUAGCCAGUCCGGGGGCGCGUGCUCCGUGUCGGAUGCAUACCACGACCGUCUCUGAAACAAGGCACUGCGCGGCAGGAGGCAUUUUACGACUUGACAUGGGUGGGAACGACAAUGGGGUGGUCGUAUCUUGGCCACAUCUUGCGUUAUCUGCGCAGUAGAAGCCCCGAGCGAUGGUCGGUGCACACCGAGGCGGCCGUGAUUCCAUAAUGACACAGGCGCCAAAGAUAACUGUGCAGAAGAGGCUGCCGCAUCGAGCCAAGCAGCUAAAUCCGAAACACAUGACGGGCCAUCUAGAAGCCAGUGUAUCGCCUUGAAGUUGAAAGAAAGCGGGGAGUGAUCAUGUAACGGGCGAAGCUAGGAGUAGGGAGACGUAUCAUUGCCACUUACCAACGGCCGAGAUGUGCCCACGGUCCAUUAACACCCUACCAAUAGCCGCCCUGAAACGACUCUUGACGGAGCACAUCCCGUACCCCAAACAGAGCCAGAAACCCGACAACGCAGUAGCCGGACACGCAAUGAGGCAUUCUGAUGGGGAGCCCGCAGAAUUGAAGUGGACUGAUCUCUACGAAGGUAUAACUUGGUUUGUUCGGAGGGACUUGCGGAAGAGAAACUGGGCGAGUAGGAAGCCUGAUACUGGCGAGCAGUAGGCUGGGAGACGGCAACUUCCGAUCAUCCAAUCAAUGCACAACACUAUACGUCACUUGUUCCAAACCGUCUCAACGAAAUUUCUGACUUACGGGUCAACCUCUUACCUCAACAAAAGCCUGGGAUCUCGUAUCGGGCUUCGUCGGCCGAGCCAACAUGCUUGUCCUUUCGCGAUCUCACUGUGGCAGGUUCAGCGAAAAUUUGCUCAAGACCCAGAUCCGCCGAGCAGCCUUGACUCCAAAGCUGCGGAAUCUGGUCCACACCUACGCUGAGAAGGCGGUUGUCGAUUUGAAUUUCAGGUCAGAGAUUCCGGGAGAGAAUAAGACGUCUGGCGCGAUCGUUAUUUUGCAUGGGUUAUUUGGCUCAGCGCGCAAUUGGGGCGCUCAUUCUAGGGCCUUCGCUAGGAACCUUCAGCGUCCUGUCUACACACUGGAUUUGCGCAACCAUGGCUCGUCGGAGCAUGCUUUGCCCAUGACAUACACUGCCAUGGCCAGAGACGUUAUCAACUUCUUUAAGAAGCACUCGUUGACCGACGUUGCCUUAAUUGGCCACUCCAUGGGCGGCAAAGUUGCCAUGAGCGUCGCUCUAGACCCUACUCUGGAUAAAUCUAUCCUCUCGAAGCUGGUGGUUGUUGACAUCGCACCUUCGAAAGGCCAGCUCUCGAAUGAGUUCAAGAACUAUGACCCCGACGUGUGCACUUUCCUCCUGACGAACCUUGUGACCGAGCCAGAAGCAUCGCACUUCCGUAUCCCCGUCGACUUGAUCGGGAAUAAUAUCGGAGAGUUGGGUUCUUUUCCAUAUGAUCCCGAGCACACACAUUGGGCUGGCGAUACGUUGUUUGUCAAAGGCUCUAAGAGCAGCUAUAUCAAUCGGCAUAAUAUUCGUAUGGCCGAAAAGCUCUUCCCGGCUAUGAAAUUGGAGACUUUAGAAGCGGGACAUUGGGGUUUGUCAGUUUCUCACCACUGCCAAGCCGUCCACUUAUCCGAUGCCUACAAUAUUGAUCAGAUGAUUGACGCAAUGAUCAAGACCCCAGGUAGCCGACUAUCGCAAUAUCGCAACAUCGUAAUAUUCGAAAAGCGCAACAUUCGAGAUAGGAUCAGCGGCCGGGUCGCCGGCGCGAGCAGGCUCGUCGCAAGUCCGGACUCCCAGGCGACAUUCCAGGGCAGCGGUUCGUACGUCGUGUUCGACUGGGGAAGGAGCCCGCUCAAGUUGGACGACUCGUGCCAGCCCGCACGGCUGCAGAACUGGGACAGAAUCCAGACGUUCCACGUGCCGCGAGCCACGGGGCUGCUGACGCAGACCGUGGGACAGCAGCGCGGCGGGUUCCGCUUCCUGACGAUUGUGAGUGCGAGCGCGGACCCGCUGACGAUCUCGAACAUCUCGCUGGCGAUCACGUUCAUGCCCCACUGGGAUGAUCUCAGGGCGUACCCGGGCUACUUCUUUGCACCUGACCCCGGGUUCCACGACAUCGACUGCCUCACGAAGAUCUGGCACUAUAGGGUGCAGACCAACACAAUCCCUCCCCACACGGCGCGACAGGAGCCGUGCCCAGCAGGAGGUGGCUGGUCCAACGAUGCCUUGGGAGGAGCUGCCACUGGGCCUAUCCUCGUCGAUGGUGCAAAACGCGACAGGAACAUCUGGCCAGGCGACUGCGGCAUCUCCACACACACGGAGCUCGUCGCGCUGAGCGACAUGGAGCCGACCAAGAACUCGUUGAUGGUGAUGUUCCGCACGCAAAACCUGACGACUGGCGCGCUGCAGUACUCCGGGCCGCCGCUGAACAACCAGGGAAGCGACACGUACAUCUCGUGGUCGCUCAUUGGGACGCACAACUACUUCCUGUACACGGGCGACCUCGAUUUCAUCAAGUCUGUCUGGGCGAACUACACCAAGGCGGUUGGCUUCCUUGAGGGCCAGGUGGACUUGACCGGCCUGAUGAACGUCUCGUCUGCGCUCUCGAACGACUGGGGCAGGGCCAGCGGCGCCGGACACAACUCUGCGGCAAACGCGUUGCUUUAUCGCACGCUCGUCACCACGGCGGACCUGGCGACGCAUCUCGGCAAUGUCUCCCUCCCCGCCACAUACCUCGCCAACGCGACCAAGAUCAAAACUGCGUUCAACAGCCUGCUGUGGGACGCCGCGGCGGGCCGGUUCCGCAGCAACGACCUGCCGAGGAGCAUCCACCCGCAGGACGGCAACGCGCUCGCGGUCCUGUACAACCUCACGACAUCGGACGCACAGAACAAGGCCGUGAGCGCCGGGCUGAUGAAGUUCUGGACGCCCAUCAGGCCGUGGCUUCGAGCGCAUUUUGUGGCCGGCAAGGGCGAGCGGGCAAUUGAUCUGAUCGAGCGCGAGUGGGGGUACAUGCUGGAAACCAACUUGAGUGUCAAGUCGCCGCUGCUAGAGGGCUUCUCGGCCAACGGAUCGCUCGGUCGGCUACCUGGGGUCUUGAUCAUUGCGUCAAUCAUCUGA